UCGUGUAAAAAACGCCGCGAAAAUAAGUAUUGCAAGGAUUUGAGCUCCAGCAAUAACGGCAUCACGAAUUGGGGGAAUUUGCAAAAUGUAGUGGGGAGAGGUUUCGAAUUUCUGAGACUAAUAAGCUAUGAAACCUCAUUGGUAGCAACGGUAAAGAACGUGGGCCCUCUUAUACUCCCUCCUUCCAACUACGUCAUUGCUUAACAAGCAAUGAAGGCAAGGAUAGUGAAGUUAUUUUGUCGAAAGCGCAUUCGUGGUCCACGUAGACACGUGCAGUUGUUAGUAGCAACAAGCGCUGUAAUAAUGAUGGUCUUAUUUUUUUUGAUCUUCGUCAGAUUUUUUGGAGGUGUAGCAAGUAAUAACCCUGGAUCGCCAUGGUAUUAUUAUUGUGAGUCAGGUAUUUGCAAAAAGGCUGAAAUAAUAGAAAAUGUAACAUCACCCUUAUGUCUUGGUAUCUGUCAAUUGUUCUGUGGAGAAGUUGGUGGAAUAUGGCCUAAGCCUACAGGUCAUACUUCAUUCGGAAACUAUAUGGCAAAAUUAAACCCCUAUGAAAUUACGCUUUCUGGUGUUGAUUUUGGAAGUAUCACCGGACAACUUAUACAAGAAAAUGUUAACAAACUUAAACAAAAUAUCAUGAAUUUAGCCAGCAUUGAUACCAUUAAAAAAGGAGGUUAUAGCUUAAUUCUAAACAUUAUUGGCCAGUUUAACAAUGAAGCACCUAUAUUAACUAUAAACACAUCCGAAAAUUACACAAUCAAUAUUUAUCAAAAAGAUAAUAAGCUUUAUGCAGAUAUAUCUAGUGCUACUUAUUUUGGAAUACGUCAUGCAAUAGAAACUCUUUCUCAACUAAUUGUUUAUGAUGAUCUUUAUGGAGAAAUAAAAAUUACUCGUGAUGUAUAUAUUCAAGAUGGACCAGUUUUUCCAUACCGUGGAAUUUUACUGGAUACAGCUCGAAACUUUAUAGAUAAAGCAACAAUACUCCGUACUAUUGAAGCUAUGUCAAUGUCUAAAUUAAAUACUUUUCAUUGGCAUAUCACGGAUUCUCACAGUUUCCCUUAUUCGAGUAGAACAUGGCCGAAUAUGCCCAGAUAUGGCGCUUAUUCUUCUGCAAAAAUAUAUACAGAAAAAGAUAUUAAAGAAAUAAUUAAUUUUGGUAUUCUCAAUGGCGUUCGUGUAAUACCAGAAUUUGAUGCACCCGCUCACAUUGGAGAAGGAUGGCAAUGGGUAGGGCACAACUCUACAGUGUGUUUUAAAGCAGAGCCUUGGCAACAGUACUGUGUUGAACCACCGUGUGGACAAUUAAAUCCAACAAGUGAAAAAGUAUAUGAGAUACUUGAAGGAAUUUAUACUGAUAUGUUGCGAGAUUUUCAACCUGAUUUCUUUCAUAUGGGUGGUGAUGAAGUAAGUAUCAAAUGCUGGAAUUCAUCCAAUUUAAUUAAAGAUUGGAUGAUCGAUCAUGGCCUCGAUUUUUCUGAAACAAGUUUUUAUAAACUUUGGAAUUAUUUCCAAUCAAAAGCUUAUGAAACAUUAAUAAAAGCAAAUAAUGGAAACAAGCUGCCUGUCAUUUUGUGGACUAGUGGUCUUACAAACGAAGACAAUCUUCAGUUUCUUGAUCCCAAAAAAUAUAUUAUUCAAAUUUGGACAACCAAAACUGAUAAUACAAUAGGUCGAUUGAUUAAAAAUGACUUUAGAGUUAUUUUUUCUAACUAUGAUGCAUUGUAUUUAGACUGUGGAUUUGGUGCUUGGAUUGGAGAAGGUAAUAAUUGGUGUGCUCCAUAUAAAGCAUGGCAAAAUAUUUAUGAAAAUUCACCAAUGAAAAUCUUAGAAAAUCAAGGAUUUUCUAAAAAACAUAAACAUUUAGUACUGGGCAGUGAGGCUGCCUUGUGGUCAGAACAAGUAGAUAGUACGUCUGUGGAUUCAAGAUUAUGGCCACGUUCUGCAGCAUUAGCUGAACGUUUAUGGUCAGAUCCAUCUUCAUCGUGGAUUCAUGCAGAACAACGAAUGUUAAAACAUCGAGAGAGGCUUGUACAGCGAGGCAUUCUGGCUGAUAGUUUAGAACCUGAGUGGUGUUUACAAAAUCAAGGCCAUUGUUAUUUGUAAAUUAUAAGAACAAAGUAAAUAUAAAAUACGUAAUUUUUAUUGAAAAGAAA